AUGGGCUUCUUCUCCCCCGCCCCGUACCACAUCAUCAGCUAUGGCUUCCUCCUCGGCACAACCUUCUUCCACACCUUCGUAGGCGGCAUCGUCUCCUUCCGCGUCCUCCCCCGCCCCCAGUUCUCCUCCCUCAUGUCCUCCCUCUUCCCAAUCUACUUCACAAUCCAAACCGCCCUCCCCCUCGUCCUAGCAAUCACCUACCCCGCCAGCCAAAACCCCUUCGGCAUCACCGGCGGCAUCACCGGCUUCCUUCACUCCUCCAACCGCUACUCCACCUUCGUCCCCGUCACCGCCACCUUUGUGUCCGCCCUCGCCAACCUCGCCUUCGUCGGUCCUCUCACGACCAAGGUCAUGGAUGAGAGGAAGCUCCAGGAAAAGAAAGACGGCAAAAAAUCCUGGGACUCCCCUCCCCACUCGCAAGAAAUGCAAGCCCUCAACAAGCAAUUCGGCAUCCUCCACGGCGUGUCCAGCUUCCUGAACCUAGGCACCUUUAUCGGAAGCCUUGUUUACGGCGUUACCCUGUCCAAGAGACUCUCUUAA